AUGAGCCAACUACCCACAUCAAGCGCAGAUUAUCCACCACCUUACAACAAUGCAAAACAAAAGUCAACCUACUCGCAAUUAGUUGAUAAAUUGAUUGAUACAACUACCUCCAAGUUGGGUUAUCACUCAACCAGUCGAUCAGUAGAUAGAAAAAGUUUAUCACAAGGUGUUAAGCUAGUAGAGAUUGCAGUAGAUGAAUUCGAGACCGGGAAUGAGGCCAUUGGAUUAGAUGUCUACCUUGCUGGGUUGGAUAAGAUUAUCAUGGCAUUACCAAGUAAGAUACAGUAG